ACAUUCAAAAAAACAAAUAAAAAAUAAAAAAUAAAAAAAAAGGAAGCAAAAUCGAAAGAGCUUUGGGGAGGAGGAGAAAGAGUAUAUGCUUCGAGUAUCUCUCCUUAUCCCUCCUCCGGGUCCUCUUCAAAAACCCCACACACACUCCUCCUCCUCUGUUACCUCCUCUCCCCCAUGGCAAAUCCUCAAGCUUCUCCGCUUCUCCACAACCACAAUCACCUCUCCUUCUUCCGCUUCCGAACCACACCGUCUCCUCCUCCUUCCUUCACCUCUCCGCAUUUCAAAAAGCCUCUGCUCUUUCUCCCUUCUUCGUUUCCCUCGCAGCAAUGUAAUCACCAGGUGACACGUGUCUCCACCGUACCCGUCGAGUACUCCACGCCGACUCCUCCCGAAUCCGACGAUUUCUCAUCGGAAAUCGAUCGGCUCAAGGCUCUCUUAGCGAAACUCGACGUUUCCAAGGACCUACGGAGGAAGGAAGCGGUCAUCGACUCCGAUUCCAGAGUCCGUCGAUUCUUCAGCGAGAAUCGAGGCGGUUUAUCGAAGGUUUUAGGCUCGCUUGGUUUGGAUUCGAGAGAGAUGUUUCUCGUCAAGUGCGUGAUCGCUGCGGGGCAAGAACACGCGCUCUGUGUAGGUUACGAGGAAACAUUUGAGGAAGAGGAAGAGGAGGAGUAUACAGUGAGAAGCUCCGUGAAGACCGCGCUUUACGCGUUGGUUGAGAUGAUAGAGCGUUUCGAUGUGAACAGUAGUGGCUAUAAAGAUAGAAGUACAGUUUUAGACGCGGAGAACGUUGCUCACUUUAGAAAGUUCUUGACGUUUCUGGGUGAGAUUGAACAGUUCUACGACUGCAUUGGAGGAAUCAUAGGAUAUCAAGUCAUGGUUCUUGAGCUUCUUCACCAAUCGACUAAGAGGCAUAAUACUAACCGGUCACAUCUUGUUGAAGAAACUUUGGGUUGCCAGUACUUAGAAAUGCAUACUCCUAGCGUUCUUGACCUUACUAAAGAGAAAGAAUAUGCCUCCCAGGCUGCACUUUGGGGAAUUGAGGGAUUGCCAGACCUAGGUGAAAUAUAUCCCCUAGGAGGUGCAGCAGACAGAUUAGGUUUGGUUGAUCCGGAAACAGGAGAAUGCCUUCCUGCAGCAAUGCUUACUCAUUGUGGACGAACUUUGCUGGAGGGGCUUAUUAGAGACCUUCAGGCUAGAGAGUUCCUUUACUUCAAACUUUAUGGAAAGCAAUGUGUCACACCUGUUGCCAUUAUGACGAGUGCUGCAAAGAAGAACCAUGAGCAUGUUAGUUCGCUUUGUAAAAGGCUCAAAUGGUUUGGAAGAGGUGAAUCAAAUUUCCAACUCUUUGAACAGCCUCUCGUCCCAGCUGUCAGCGCUGAAGAUGGCCAAUGGAUAGUAUCAAAACCCUUCGUGCCUGUUAGUAAACCUGGUGGUCAUGGUGUGAUUUGGAAAUUGGCUUAUGACAAAGGUGUCUUUAAAUGGUUUAAUGACCAUGGAAGAAAAGGAGCAACCGUUCGGCAAGUUAGUAAUGUUGUCGCUGCCACAGAUGUGACUCUCUUGGCCCUCGCUGGGAUUGGUUUACGAUAUAAGAAGAAACUUGGGUUUGCAUCCUGUAAAAGGAAUGCUGGAGCAACCGAAGGAAUUAAUGUAUUGAUGGAGAAGAAGAAUCUUGAUGGAAAGUGGGAGUGUGGUAUAUCGUGCAUUGAGUACACAGAAUUUGACAAAUUUGGAAUCUCCAAUAGAACACCAACUUCAAAUGGUUUGCAGGCUGAUUUUCCUGCCAAUACAAACAUUCUAUAUGUAGACUUACAUUCUGCCGAAUCAAUUGGGUCGAGCAGUAACGUAAAAAGUUUGCCAAAUAUGGUUCUCAAUACAAAGAAGCGAAUUGAGUACAUUGAUCAGUACGGAGACUAUCACAGCGUUAUGGGUGGUAGAUUAGAGUGCACGAUGCAAAACAUAGCAGACAGUUUCUCAAAUAAAUUUUCAUCUAGAUGCCAGGGCAGCCUAGAAGAUAAACUGGAUACAUAUAUUGUGUACAACGAACGUAGGAGGGUCACUUCAUCAGCUAAGAAGAAGAAACCACACGCAAGUGCUGCAUUACACCAGACUCCAGAUGGUGCAUUGUUGGAUAUACUCCGAAAUGCAUAUGACCUCCUUACAGAAUGUGAUAUUAAAAUUCCCAUGGUUGAACCUAAUGAUCAAUAUGUGGAUUCCCCACCACCGUAUCUAAUCCUUCUGCAUCCUGCUCUUGGUCCUCUUUGGGAAGUUUCAAGACAGAAAUUCAAGGGAGGGUCAAUUUCCAGUUGCUCAGAACUGCAACUAGAGAUUGCAGAGUUCUCAUGGAACAAUGUUGAGGUUCAUGGUAGCCUGAUUAUCAAUGCUGAAAAUGCCAUGGGUUCAACAACAAUUAACGAAAAGGCUGAACCAAUAUUACAAUACGGACUAAGGUGUGGGAAAUGCAAACUGCAUAACGUCAAAGUCGUGAACAGAGGAAUCGAUUGGAACAGUAAAUCAAAUGUUUACUGGAGAAACGAUGUGAACCGGCUCGAGACUUGUAAAAUCAUAUUGCACGGAAAUGCAGAGUUCGAAGCCAGCAAUGUAACUAUAGAGGGAAACCAUGUUUUUGAAGUACCUGAUGGCCACAGACUGAAGAUCACACGAGGAAGAAGUCCAGAUUCAGGUUUAAGCAUCAAUCUGGAAGCAAUAGAAGAAGAGGUGAUGGAAACAGGAAGCUGGUACUGGAACUACAAACUCAAUGGAUCUCACAUUCGACUUGAACAAGUACAUGUUUCUCGAAACUAACUCUAUCCAACAAUCUAAGCCUCCCAGAGUAGAAAGUUUCAUGUAAUACAGCACAUAUGCUGCAAAUAAACAGUAGGUAGUGUCUGCCUUUAAUGUAAAUGUUGCUGCUUCCCUUGUAAAUUAAACACCAAUCGUUCCACCAUUCUAUAUCCAAUGUGUUCCGCUCUGUUUCUUAA